CGCACACGCGGCUUCCGAUGACGAUUUGUUACCCAGAUCCCAUCGCCGGUUUCUCGCCGGAGUUGACGGUUAACACUUGGAAUCUCCGCUCUCUAUCUCAAGCUUCAGUUUCUUCGGGUCAUGGCGUUCGAUUCCCGCGUCGAUUAAGACGAGGAGGAAAGACUCUCAUAUGUUCUGAUUCGAGCUCUCACUCAUGGAAUGUUCCUGUUCUGUCUAACAAUGAGGUUGCUGAGAGGCUAAAACUAGCAAGAGAAGGACAUCAAGAGUUCGUGGCCAUAUACCUUUAUGAAUUGGAUCAGCACCUUGACCGUAUCAUACGUUCUGCGUCCAUGGCUAAGAUCCCACUUCGAUUCGACCGGGAAACUAUCAGAAGGAUUCUCAUCCAAACCGUGAGCGUUUCUGGGUGUAGAGAUGGGUCUCUAAGAUACUGGCUCUCUGCAGGGCCAGGGGAUUUCCUCCUUUCUCCAUCUCAGUGUCUCGAACCAGCUCUUUACGCCAUUGUGAUCCAACAGAACCUCACCGUUCACCGAACAGGUGUCAAGGUAGUGACCUCUUCCCUCCCUAUAAAGCCUCCAGAGUUUGCUACGGUGAAAAGCGUUAACUACCUCCCUAAUGCGCUCUCACAAAUGGAGGCUGAGGCCAAGGGAGCUUAUGCGGGUAUUUGGUUGGAUAACGAUGGGUUUAUUGCAGAAGGUCCAAACAUGAAUGUGGGGUUUGUUGUUGGUAAGGAGCUUGUGAUGCCACGGUUUGAUAACGUUUUGAGCGGAUGUACGGCGAAGAGAACGCUUACACUCGCUGAACAGCUUGUAAGCAAAGGGAUGCUUAAAAGUGUGAAAGUAAUGGAUUUGGCAGUCGAAGAUGGAAAGAAAGCGGAUGAGAUGAUGCUUCUUGGGAGUGGAGUUCUCAUACGACCAGUGAUUCAAUGGGAUGAAGACAUUAUUGGUGAUGGGAAAGAAGGGCCAAUAGCCAAGGCGUUACUGGAUCUGUUGCUGGAAGACAUGAGCUCUGGUCCACCUUCUGUUCCACUAAAAAGCCUUUUUAGACUUUUCUUCUUAAGUCUCCUCCACCUUCUGUUUAUUGAUCAGCUCAGGCUAAUCGAGUCGUGUUUUUUUAGGCGCGUAUCUAAUGCAGGAGCCUUUGGUAUUGUGGGUGAAAUGAAGAUUCAGGUGAAGCAAGCUACGAUCGUGAAGCCAGCCGAGGAGACACCGACACACAGUCUAUGGCUUUCGAAUUUGGACCUGAUACAAGUGAGAUUUCACAUGGGCAUACUCUACUUUUACAACCCAUGUUCCUCCUCAAGUCUUUCCGACACUCAAUCCCUCAUCGAUGCUCUGAGCAAGGUUCUUGUCCUCUUCUAUCCUGCCGCCGGGAGGCUCCAAAAGGAUGCGAAUGGGAGGUUGGAAGUUAGAUGCAACGGAGAAGGAGUUUUGCUAGUGGAGGCUGAGACUGAUUCUACUGUACAAGACAUUGGCUUCCUCACUCAUAGUUCGGAUCUCUCUCAACUUGUACCAACUCUUGACUACUCAGUAGACAUCUCUUCCUUGCCUCUUCUUCUCUUCCAGGUUACAUAUUUCAAAUGUGGAGCCAUCUGUAUAGGAAACUCAAUACACCACACAUUCGGCACAGCUGCUUCUCUUGAGUAUUUCAUGGAAGCAUGGUCUAGAACUGCUCGUGGACUUCCUGUUAAGCUAGAACCGUUCUUCGACCGCACUGUUCUUCGCGCACGGGACCCUCCUUCCCCUGUCUUUCUUCACACUGAAUACCAACCACCUCCUUUUCACAAUCCUCCCGUGAAAUCCCUGCUUUACAGAUCAAAUCCUGAAUCUGAUUCCGCAGUAGCCAGUCUCAAGCUCACACGUCUCCAACUGAAAGCUCUUAGAGCUAAGGCAGAGGUUGCUGAUAGUAAGUUCAGUACAUACGAACUUCUGGUCGCGCAUAUGUGGCGUUGUGCUUGCUUUGCCAUUGAAGAUUUAAGUGAAGAACACUUGACGAGGUUGCAUAUAAUCAUUGAUGGGAGGUCGAGACUACGACCAAAGCUUCCACAGGGAUACAUUGGGAACACUCUCUUCCACGCUCGCCCUGUAUCACUGCUUGGCGAUUUCCGCAGAGAGCCUCUCAGCAAAACAGUGGAGAGAGUUCAUGUGGAGAUAAGGAAAAUGGACAACGAGUACUUGAGAUCAGCGAUUGACUACUUGGAGAGACAUCAAGAUCUCGAUCAGUUGGUUCCUGGUGAAGGCAACCCCAUCUUCAGCUGUGCAGCAAACUUCUGCAUCGUCGGUCUACCAAAGACGACGGCUUACGAGUUGGAUUUCGGAUGGGGAAGGCCCUUCUACGAGAGAGCUUCACAUUUGAAUGAAGGUAAAGGAUUUGUGGCUAGGAGCUUAGACGAAGAAGGGAGCUUUCUGGUGUUCAUGUGCUUGAACAACUCUCAGCUUGGUAUGUUUCGGAAGCUGUUCUAUGAGUUUCUCAAUGUGUCUGCAUUG